GCGACAGUGUUAUACAGAAUGCUGCUUGUGGGAUCAUGUCGUACAUUGGCUGCCAUUCUGUUUACAACAAAUGCCACAUUACAAAGGACUUCAUUUUCUGUAAGAAUUGGAACAAUGCAUGCAGUAAUGUUUCAGGGCGUUGUUCUUUGCAUGGAACUCUUAAUUCCACGUUGGAGUCACAGACUGGAGACCUACAGAAGCAUAUGUCGUUGAUCCAAAACAAUAUCAAACUCACUGCCAACAGCAUUAUUGAAGUGAACGAUGCUACAUCAAGACUUCUGAUGCGGCUAUCUCAAAAGUACAGGAAUAUGAUUGCAACAUUGAAGAGAGCGGAGGAAGAAACAGUGUCCAUUGUCAAAGGACAAGAGAUGAAACUCAUUAACUCCUUAAAUGAAACCAUGAGCAGCCAUGAGAAGGAAGCUCAUAAAGUUCAGUCAGUGAUUGAUCAAGUCUCCUCCCUUUACAAAAACGGGGACAUUUACCAAAUCAUACAGGCUAAACAAGAUAUUUCCACAAGCGUUCAGGCUGUGCUGAAGAAGCCAAUCCCGAGAGUCAUGACAAUCAAGUUAGAAGACAACUUCCGAGGCCUGACGGAGGCGGCCAACAAGCUGGAGGGCAAGCUGGUGGAAUUUCUGCUUCAAAAGUGGGCCAGAAACAUCAUUCUGGAUGUGGAGACCUCCCACCCGACCCUGGAAAUCACCGCCAAUGGCAAAGCGGUUUCAGUCAGAGAAAAUCCUCUGGCCGUUCCCCCGUCCUCGAAGCGGUUCACUCACGUGACCAUCGUGUUGGCCUCCGAGGGGCUUAACGCAGGGAAGCAUUACUGGGAAGUGACCGUGCAGGAUAAAUCCAACUGGAGUGUGGGUGUCGUGAAGGAGUCCAUGCCUAGGAACGAAAGCAGCAAUUUGAUGAACAGCCCGUUGGCCUGGUCGGUGGCCUUCCAGAAGCCGUGGUACCUGGCGUGGCACAACAGUAUGUCCACACCCCUGAACGUGAGCCAGCUGCAGAAGCUUGGCGUGUUCCUGGACUAUGAGGCGGGUCAGGUGGCCUUUUACAAUGCCAGCACCUUGACACUGCUGCACACGUACUCCGAGACCUUCGCUGGGACUAUCUACCCAGCCUUCAAUCCAGGGAACAGCAAUGAUGAGGAAAAGAAUGCUACUUUGAUCAUACACGAUGUUGGGAGUGUGUAAAGCAGUCAAGAGUUAGUCAAGCUAAAAUUAAGAGGAAUGGAGAUUGGGUGAAGCUCAAGUCUAGAGCAGAUGUGAUCUCUGUUGCCCCCCCCCAACAUCCUUUUUUCCCCUCAUUUACCCAUCCAGCACUCAGCUGCUUCUGUCGCCCACUCCUCCAUCUGUCCAUCAUCCUACAUCCCUCCUCAGUCCACCAAUCAUCUUCUGCCCCUGCCUCAUCCCUCCCCCUUUUUAUACUAGCUACCUAUUCCAUUCUCAAUUCUGUUGUAGGCUUUCAACCUGAAAUAGUGACAAUUCCUAUUACCCCCCCCCCCCAUCAACCCAACGAGUUCCUCAGCAGUUAGCUUGUUUUUUGCUCCAGGUUCCAGUCUCUUGGGUCUCUAAUCUCUGCCUCAAUUUCAGUCUGUAGACUUUACCUCUUCCUUGCAUCUCGAUAACUUAUUCUAAAGUUCCUUACAUCUCCAGAAUCAACUUUAUUUUCCACAUACUGUACAUUUACAUGUAUUAAUACUUUGCUGUGGUAUGUUGCAACGACAUGUUGGGCACGACGUAACAAAAACCGCA